AUGGCGUCGGUUGCUGGCGAGACGAAAAACAUUAAUAAAGCCGUCUACACAACUGCUGGAAACACUUACGAAGAAUGGCAUUGCUCAAUAUUGCAAGCCAAGUUUCCACCAUCUCGCACGACGACGCAGAUUCGCAAAGUUCCUAUGAUCCUGAAAGAGAAAAAGGAUCAUGAUAAGUACUAUGUGCCAAAGGUAGUGUCUCUUGGUCCAUAUCACUAUGGCAACCCAAGUCUUGAAUCGUUUCAGGACCGCAAGCCCUUUUAUACAAACAAGCUUCUGAAAACGAACCCUGAUGAAGAUGAAGAUGCUCAGUUAUCUGAGUCGAUUCAAAGUUUGUAUAAUAAUCUUGCUCAAAUGGUUGACACAUUACGAGGGUAUUACGAAGAUGAAGAUGAUCACUUAUCGAAUGACGAAUUCACAUGGGUGAUGUUGCUAGAUGGUUGUUUUAUUCUGUAUUUCAUUAAAAAUAUCUAUUUGCACGCAGUAACAGAUUCUCUAGGGUUGAAAAGCCGGGAUAUUAUGUUUGCUCAACAAGAUACGUUUUUGCUAGAGAAUCAAAUCCCGUACCGAGUUCUUACUGAGGUCAUGAAGUUUGUACCAGAUGUGGAUUGGGAUCUUAAGAUCAAACGUUUCGUUGAUGACAAUAUUUUUGUGACAAAAAUGUUCUCGUAUGAAGGAAAAUGGAAAAAUUCUAUUAGGUUUGUCCCAAGCCAUCCAAUUCCAGGUACAAUAAACCAUCUUCUUGAGCUUCUUCAAACUAGGCUUGCACAAGGCAGUACUUUUGAUCAACUCCCUAGUGACUGGUAUACUGUACGUAAUGUUAAUGACCUUUCCGAAGUAGGGAUUAGUUUCAAGCCGAGUGAAAGUAGGUCUAUCAACUUCAUUAAAUAUAGAUGUGGGUUUUGUGCAAACUUGGAGCUUCCUCCCAUCACCAUAUACUCUGACACAAAGCCAAUGUUGUUGAAUUUGGUAGCAUAUGAGAUGUGUUCCGAUGACCUAGAACCUUCAUGGGUCACCUCAUACAUAUGCCUUCUCAAUUCUCUUAUUGAUCACCCCGAGGACGUUAAGGUCCUUAGAAAAGCAGGGAUUCUAGCCAACCAUCUUAGGAGUGAUGAUGAAGUCGUACAGCUGUUCAAUGAUAUAGGUACAGAUCUUGUGCCCAACAAUUAUGCAUAUUCGAGAGCAAGGCUUGAGAUUCAACAACAUUAUGACCGUAAAAGGAAUGCCUUGAUAGGCCAAUUGAAGCAUCAGUACUUGAAGACCCCUUGGGCAUAUGUAGCCCUUCUAGUCGGCUUUGUGAGUCUCUUUCUUAGUUCCGUUCAAGCUUACUUCACUGUUUGGGGAAGUCCAAGUCAACGAGACAGUUAG